CUCCUUCUCUCUCUCCCACACUCACUUUUGUCCUGCUUCUUUCUUUUUCGUUCUAGUGGCUCUCCUCCCCGCCACCGCUGCACGACCGAUAGCAGCCAGACGGCUACCCACCUACAAACAAAUACACAUUCGUGAUAGCACGUUUGGAAAACAGAGAGCUGCAUCGGCCGCGCAGGAGAUAGCCAAAGCCGUGUCAGAGAUUCAAUAAGCCACCUCACCGCCAACACUCUCGUAACCCAAUCCAGCUUCACCUCAUCCCAUCGUUCUUCGCCCGAACCCACUCCACCUCUAGGGAUGACGGCAAGCCUUCCGUCUCGCACCCGAACUCCCCUCAGUCGGCAAGCCCUGUGCGUAUGGCUCUCAGACGAGUUCAACCAUGAGACCGCCACCAUCGUGUCUUUGUCAAAAUCCGGCAUGGAAGUAUUGAAUAUCUGUGUCUUCUCGGGUAUGCACCACCGGCGAACGACCCCCAUUGGGCACAUGUAUGCAAAUACAUGUCUAUCUACCUUGGCGAUGGAUUCCACGAUGCAGCUUGCGCUUCAGACUUCAGUCGACACCUGGUCAUCCUUGGUCUUGUUUCCCCGCGCACUAUCCUCGCCGCACUUAGUGCCGAGCGAAGGACCCCCAACUUCCAAGAACUCACAACUUCGUUCUUCGGAUCCAGAACGAACCCUUCGGCAUUCUCGACAGGCAAGUGCUUUGUUUUGAGGUCGAAACGCAGCACUAGGGUAGGUGAUCUAUGUUAUACGAGCCUCUCCCCACCCGAAAAACCUAAAGCCAACGGAUCGUCGAGAUACUCCUCGGCCCGGAGGCCGCUGGCACCCAUUGAGGGUGUGAUAUCGUCACAGGCCCCAGAGUAUUUACCCACAUAAACCAAGUGAUCAACGGGUAAACGUUACCAAGACCUUGGAAGAUCGAUACUGCCAGUUCUCGCCGUCGCCAGGGACCUGGGAUGAAAGUGGCUAGACCCCUGAGGACAACAGUCCUGCAGCUUACGGUGUGCCAAUUUUAGCGUUUGUAUCCAAGCUGACCGGCUCAAGCCACGCUAACGAGCGGAAGUUUUCAGUUGCCUAGGGCCUCUCCAAGGCUUGAUCCGCGGCAAGUCUAUGCUUGGAACGGGAAGGAGAGACGGCCGGUCUAUUCCUCUCUCGGUUGUUGAUAUCUACUAGUCGCCCUCGUACUUCUUUGCUCUCAGGGUGUCCGUAUGCCCUGGAGUCUCAGAAGCGCGUGGCCGACCUUGGCCGUAUUAAGUCAAACGGCACUGUCGGUUCCUGAGCUAGGCUCAUAAGAGUCUCUUGUUUUGCCUCGUGUAUUUGCUGGCACAUUACUGGGUCUCACUCCUCAGAGACGUUGAGCAUUUCCCCACUGUCUUCUGCCUAUGUACCGGGUCAGACUGGAAUUCCCGGGCGUUCUAGCAGAUGAGCGCGGUGUGGUUUACGUUUGUCUUGUUUCGAUGUUUGGAUUUGGCGAGCAGUCUUCCACGACCCUCCCGUGGCGCCCUGCCAACCCAUGGAAGUCGGCAUCAUGACGAU